AUGCAAACCACAAGGUUCAACCUCUUUCACGAAAAUGUCUACGGCGAGUCCCCUGAGUCAGCCAAAGUGCGCUAUGGAGCGGAGCUCAAGCGCAUUGCGGGUGUCCUAGACGGUGUUCUAAGCAAGCAAGAAUGUUUAGUUGGAACCAAGUGCGCGUAUGCGGACUUGGCGUUUGUGAUGUGGAACAUGCAAAUUCCUUUCUUCAUGGCUAGUCGCAAGGGUGAGCAUGCCUGGCGACCGGAGGAGUUCCCGCAUUUCACACGGUGGCAAAAUGCCAUGAUGGCGCGAGCGUCCGUCCAGAAAGUGAUGAGUGUGUUGAAUGACACCAAGGCCAGGAGUUCCUGA